AUGGACAUCUACAACGUGGAGGCCGCCGAGAUCCUCGCCCACGAGACCCUCAAUCUCCCCAUCGGCGAGGCCGCCCCCAUCUACGAGAAGCUGCUCGCCACCUUCCCGACAGCGGCUAAGUACUGGAAGCAGUAUGUGGAGUCAUACAUUGUCACGAACGAUGAAGAGACCGCCAAGCAGAUAUUCAGCAGAUGCCUGCUCACCUGCCCUCAUAUUAAUCUCUGGCGUUGUUACAUCAACUUUGUUAAAAAAGUAAACAGCAAAAGGGGCUCUGAGGGUCUGGAAGAGACAAAAAAGGCUUUUGAUUUCAUGCUUAACUAUGUCGGCAAUGAUGUGGCAUCUGGCCCCGUUUGGAUGGAGUACAUUGCAUUCUUGAAGUCAAUGCCGGUUAUGACGCCCCAGGAAGAGUCACACCGCAUGACUACUAUACGUAAAGUAUAUCAGAAGGCAAUUUUAGUUCCAACUAGUCAUGUCGAGCAGCUAUGGAAGGAUUAUGAUAACUUCGAAAAUUCAGUUAGCCGCACCUUGGCAAAAGGCUUGCUAUCUGAGUAUCAACCGAAGUUUAACAGUGCUAAGGCUGUAUAUAGAGAGCGUAAGAAGUAUAUUGAUGAUAUUGAUUGGAGCAUGCUGGCCACCCCCUCUACAGGCUCCUACAAGGAAGAGCAACAGUGUUUGGCAUGGAAAAGACUUCUGACAUUCGAAAAGGGGAAUCCUCAAAGAAUUGAUGUUACAGCUGCUAAUAGGCGUAUUACCUUUACUUAUGAGCAAUGCCUAAUGUAUCUAUACCAUCAUCCUGAUGUAUGGUAUGAUUAUGCUACAUGGCAUGCAAAGAAUGGUUCUACGGAUUCUGCAAUCAAAAUAUUUCAGCGUGCUGUAAAAGCACUCCCUGGUUCUGAAGUACUAAAAUAUGCCUUUGCUGAACUGGAAGAGUCUGUAGGGGCGAUUCAGCCUGCUAAGACAAUAUAUGAGUCUCUUAUAGCUGAAAAUGCAAGCAUGUCAUCACUUGCACACAUUCAGUUUAUUCGGUUUUUAAGGAGAACAGAAGGCAUUGAAGCAGCUCGCAAGUACUUUUUGGAAGUUCGGAAGUUGCCAAGCUGCACUUAUCAUGUCUAUGUUGCAUAUGCUACAAUGUCGUUUUGCCUCGACAAAGAUGCGAAGGUGGCUCAAAAUGUUUUUGAAGUUGGUUUAAAGCGAUUUAUGCAAGAACCAGGAUAUGUCCUCGAAUAUGCAGACUUCCUGUGUCGCUUAAACGACGAUAGAAAUGUACGUGCAUUGUUUGAGCGAGCUCUGAGCUUACUUCCUCCUGAGGAAUCCGUAGAGGUAUGGAAACGAUUUGCUCAAUUUGAGCAGAUUUAUGGGGAUUUGUCAAGCAUGUUAAAGGUGGAACAAAGAAGGAAGGAAGCUUUAUCUAGGACAUCAGAAGAUGUCGUAUCGUCCUUAGAGAACACACUUUAUGACGUUGUUUCUAGAUAUAAUUAUAUGGAUCUCUGGCCAUGCUCAUCAAAAGAAUUGGAUUAUCUGUCAAGACAGGAGUGGCUUGCAAAGAACAUGUCUAAGAAGGCUGACAGGUCAGUUAUGCUAACUAGUGGUGGCGGUUCUACCUUAGAUAAAGGCACUGUUGGAGUUGGUGCCAAUGCAAAGUUAUUGCCGCAGUCUACAAAAGUCGUCCGUCCUGAGACUUCUCGAAUGGUCAUUUAUGAUCCUAGACAGAUGAAAGGACCAGUGAUUUCAGCCACAUCCAGUGGGUACACAAAGGAGGUUGACGAAAUAUUCAAAAUGCUUUCUCCACCACUCAUGUCUUUCAUCACAAAUUUGCCUGCUAUUGAAGGUCCAUCACCAGAUAUAGACAUUGUGCUUAGCGUUCUACUGCAAAGCACACUGCCAACAGGACAUGAUGUUGGCAAACCGUCUGCUCCAGUUCCUGGCCCUGCCACAAGUGAUCUCUCUGGUCCCCGCAACCAAAAUGGAUCAGUUCGUAGACCUCCAAAAAGGAAGGCUGUUGAAAGGGCAAGAGGAAGAAGACGCAGCAGCAGCUGCGCAGAGUCGAGCCAUGCCAGAUAUAUUCAGGCUCAGGCAGAUCCAGAGGAGCCGCGGUGGGGGCCCUGCUCAGUCUGGAUCGGCGGCGAUGUCCAGUGGAAGCAUGUUUUCCGGGGAACAAUCAGCCAACAGCUCAAGCUAGUUCACCAAUCUGUAGCUAGUUCUCUGGAUUCACGUAGUUCGCUCGGUAGAUAUGUAGUUUGGCCGCUCAUGGGGAAAGUUAUGCAUGUACAAAUGUAA